AUGGAAAACAAGAAUAACGUAACUGAAUUUAUUCUAUUGGGACUUUCCCAGAGUAAGAAAAUUAAAAACUUAUGUUUUCUGCUAUUUUUAUUUUGUUACAUAGCUAUUUGGUUGGGAAAUUUACUUAUAAUGAUUUCGAUUACAUGCAGCCAGCUAAUUGACCAACCAAUGUAUUUCUUCCUUAAUCACCUUGCUCUCUCAGAUUUGUGCUAUACAUCAACAGUGACACCCAAACUCGUCACAGAUUUAGUGGCGGAAAGUAACAUGAUUUCUUACACUGGUUGUAUGGCACAGCUUUUUGCCAUGCACUUCUUUGGGGGGAUUGAAGUUUUUAUCCUAACAGUGAUGGCCUAUGACCGUUACGUGGCUAUCUGUAAACCCUUACAUUACACUGUCAUUAUGAACAGGCAGAAGUGUUAUGCCAUGGUCAUUGCUUGUUGUGUUGGGGCCUUUUUGCAUUCCUUUGCUCAGUGUCUCCUCAUUGUCCACUUACCUUUCUGUGGCCCUAAUGAGAUAGACCACUAUUUCUGUGAUGCAUAUCCUUUGCUGAAACUGGCUUGCAUGGAUACAUACCAAGUUGGGAUAUUAGUGGUUGCCAAUUCAGGCAUGAUGGGGUUGGUUGUCUUUGUGGUCUUAAUGCUGUCUUAUAUUCUAAUCUUAUAUACCAUAAGGGCUUAUCCUGCAGAAAGUCGGAGCAAAGCCCUUUCCACUUGCAGUUCCCACAUCACAGUAGUGGUUCUGUUCUUCGUUCCUGUCCUUUUCAUUUACAUUAGGCCUGCCGUGACUUUUCCAGAAGAUAAAGUAUUUGCUCUUUUUUAUACCAUCAUUGCUCCCAUGUUCAACCCCCUGAUUUACACGCUCAGAAAUAUGGAGAUGAAGAAUGCCAUGCGCAAAGUGUGGUGCAAGAAGACAUUUUUGAUUGAAAGGCGGAUCAUUUGA